AUGGACAAGGUGGGUACCUUCACCCGUCUGAAGGAGAAGCAAAAUUUAUUGUAUGAAAGGAUCCUCUUUAAACCAACUAGCUUUUCCAGUCUGUCUCAUUUUAUGCAGAUGAUGCAAAAGGAAGAUUUGCUCACCGAAUUUGACAUUUACUUUUUUGGGGAGGACUUCAACAAGAUGAAAUUAAAUAGGGGCCAAAAUAAGAGGGAGCUUUUCAUAGACAUCAGAGGAGUUAACCGAGAGGGGAACAGCUCACUGGGGAUGCCCCCUCUAGAUGGGUCAGUUAACCCCAAGUGCGAAACGACCCAAUUGUUUAAGAAGUAUAACGUAGAAUCGCUUCACUAUUACAACAUCCAAAGGUACGAGCCGAAUGAGGACCCCUCGUCUUUCCUCAUCGACAGAAGAAGGUUAACGAAGGAGGAAUACACAUACCAGUAUGUGUCUACCAUUUUGCCCUACCUAUGUUUCACCCUGAUGUUGUUCUUCCCUCACUUCCUCAUAUGUUUAUACAUCCCACAUGUGAGGGAAAAAAAUGAGAAGCAGCGAAAGUUGUGCAGGCUAUUUCAAGUGAAGCAGCACGUUCACUUGUAUAAGGACAUCAGACCGGAGCAUCUGCAGAAUGUGAUUGACAACAAUGUGAAGACACUCGUCUUUUUUUACAACAGGGAUAUUUUUAUGAACAUGCAUGUGAAAUCUUUAAUGGUUGAUUUGUCUAAAAUUUUUAAAAAAAAUUCCAUUCCUGUUAAUGUGGUCGGUGUCGAUACAGCUAAGCAUAGCAUUCGCUACAGUGUGGCUAGAGAUUUUGAGGAGGUUCUUUUUCCGGUGAUUUAUUUUAUUUGCCCUUACCACUAUCACAAUGACAGUGGCGUUUUUCGGAUUGAAGGCCCACUAACUUUGCAGAGCGUCUGCGCGCAGAUUGCCCCCUUCGUGCACGUUCCGCGUGACGUCUUCAGUCAGAUGAGGGACCUGACCUGCCUGAGCGACAACCUGCAGAGGUGCAUAUUCGAGCACGAAGUCAUGAACGGGAGGAGGGACCAAAUCUUGUACGACUACGGCACGGAGGUAGCCCACCUGUCUUGCCUCCACCUGAAUGGCCAGGUGCCAUUCUGA